CCUGGGAAUCAUUGUUAAGAUAUGUUGGUUGUGUAGAAAUAACAGCUUUUGAAAAAAAUCAGUCAGAGUUUAGGUUUUGGUCAAGGUCAGCAAGUCCGAAUGCAAACAAAGCUUCAUUAGCAACAUUAUAUACUCUAGGAUUUUUAAACCCAAUACCAAAAUAUUUCAAAAAUAAUACUAAAACAUUUUGGCAAUGUUUUAAAGAUUCUUUAGAUGCUAAUAUAUGUGGUAAUAAUGGCAAAUAUCACGUUUUGUCUAUUAUUGCAAAUGCAUUCUCAUAUAAAAAAAUUAAUAAAAAUCUAAAAGUUUCAAAUGAUGCUAUACUUACUACUAAAAAACAUGCAUAUACUU